GCUCACGAUAGUAUAAAUACCGCCUUCGCGGCAAAGUAGGUGCUUCCGAUGUCUUCCAAAGAACAACAGCAACCAGCUUCAAGCACACAGUCUCCCAAACCAGUUUCCUUGAACUUCAAAACAGCAGCAACCCUCAUAGCGAUUCUAGCAAUCAUACUGGCUUUCUACAACAGCCUCCGAGCAGCUCUCCCCAAAGUCGCCCAAGUCGCAGAACCUACUACAACAGCCGCAGCCAAAAGAGCAAUGAGCACCACAACCACAGCAACCGCGACCGCCAAUGGCACCUCCUCACCCCUCAAAAUCACAAAACGACCCUGGAACACCCGCGGCCACGCCGACCACGGCUGGCUCUACACCUUCCACACCUUCUCCUUCGCCUCCUACUACGACCCUUCAUUCGAAUCCUUCGGUCCCCUCCGCGUAAUCAACGAAGACCGUGUCGAACGCGGCACAGGCUUCGGAACACACGGUCACGCAGAAUUCGGAAUCUGGUCAUAUAUCGUCAGCGGCGAACUCGAACAUAAAGAUUCCAUGGGAAAUUUAGAGAAAUUGAGAAGAGGAGAAGUACAAUUCACGAAUGCGGGGACGGGGAUUCGUCAUUCGGAGUAUAAUAGGAAUCAGGAAGAGGAUUGUCAUUUUUUGCAGAUUUGGGCGAAGCCGAAUGUUAGGGGGUUGAAACCGAGUUAUUGUACGAGGAAGUAUACGGAUGAGAUGAAGAGUGAUAGAUUGGUGAGGAUCAUGGAAUCGAAAGAUCGACAUUCUGGGAAGGAAGGCGCGACAGAGCCAAUUGAAAUUUACGCGGAUGUUAGUAUGGAUGCUUCGAUUUUGAGUCCGGGGAAGAAGGUGGUGCAUGAGCUUGUGAAAGACGGGGAGAGGAAUGUUUAUUUACAUGUUGUGAUGGGUGGGAAGACGCAGCCGAAGAGUGGUGGGGCGAGGAUUAAGGUUGGGGAUGUGGAGUUGGGGGAGGGGGAUGGGGCUUUUGUUAAGGCGAGGGGACCGGGGAAGGUUGAGGUGGAGAGCGUUGGGAAUAAGAAGGCGGAGUUUUUGCUUUUUGAUAUGGGGGAGCAGUAAACUGGAAGAACAGGACGAGAGCAGAGAGGGGGAUAAAUUUUAUGAGGAGAGACCACAGAAUGAGAUUUAUCAG